UGGCUAGGGUAAUGGUUUGACCACACUGCCUAAACAAGACCAGUGAUUUUGACCAAUUCAAGAAAGCCAUUAACGGGCUGCGGCAGCCUCCCUGACCCAUGUACUAUGCAUUCCGUAACGCCGGUUACGGUGGUAGGUGGGUAGAGGGACAAAACCGGAAGAAAGUAUAUCCAAAUAUCCCUCCCAUCUAAUCCCAAUUUUUUUAAUCUAAAAUUAGUCCACAUUUUGCAAUUCCACUAUUUAUAUUUAUAGUAGACAGACACACCAUUCGGCUUUCAAAUCCAAAAACCCAUCGAAUUCUUAACAACCACCCCUCAAGAAUGUCGAUUGCAAAGAAAGGGUUUCAACAGUAUUUGUUGCAGCUUCAAGAACAUCCUUUAAGAACAAAGGCGUUGACCGCCGGAACACUGGCGGCGAUCAGUGAUGUGGUGUCUCAGAAGCUCUCUGGCAUCCAGAAAUUGCAAAUCCGGCGACUUCUUCUCAAAGUGCUUUUCGGGUGCGCAUAUCUUGGACCGUUCGGGCAUUUCUACCACACCUUAUUGGAUAAACUGUUCAAGGGCAAAAAAGACAACGCAACGGUUGUCAAGAAGGUGGUGGUUGAUCAAUUGACCGCAAGUCCAUGGAACAACUUGAUGUUUAUGCUAUACUACGGGUUUGUUAUCGAGGGAAGACAAUGGAUCCACGUAAAAUCUAAAAUCAAGAAGGAAUACCCUUCAGUUCAGUAUGCAUCAUGGACGUUUUGGCCCGUAAUCGGGUGGAUAAACCACCGCCACGUGCCGCUGCAAUUCCGUGUCAUUGUCCAAAGCUUUGUUGCAAUGUGCUGGGGUAUAUUCCUGAGUCUAAAAGCAAGAUCAAUGACAUUGACCAAAGAUUAAGCAAGUAAUAAAGGAGCUUCUCAAAUAACCUCUUCUUCUACUGCUGCUGCAGCUAUGCAGAAUUGGCUCUUAUUUAGCUCAUAAGUUAUUGUAAGGUUUGUUUACAUCUAUUUUUUUUCCCAAAUAUGGAAAAACAGCAAGACGGGUUGUCAGGUUUCCUUAUUAAUAUUUAUGUAUUAUAGUAGUUAUUAUUGAUCAAAAUCAACGAUAUGGUUAGAUUUUAUGUGCUCGAUAAGCUUUCAUUGAUCGCACACACAGUUGUAACUCGCCUAUUUAUGUGCUUGCGGUUUUUGGUUUGAAAAUUAUGAUUUAA